CGCUCUCUGAAGGCGUUUUUCUCCCUGAGGUGAAGGUGAAGCCCGUUUUCUCUCCGUGAUGUCACUCUUCAGCUCACACACUCACCUCUGCCGGCAGCUGGCACACAAGUUUGUGUCCAGGAGCUACUCCACACGGCCGACUCUCCACGAAGUUGUCAUUGUCAGUGCCGUCCGUACCCCGAUGGGGUCGUUUAAAGGCAGCCUCUCUACACUUCCUGCAACCAAGCUGGGCUCCAUUGCCAUUAAAGGAGCGAUCGAGCAGGCAGGAAUUCCACCAGAGGAGGUGAAGGAGGUGUAUAUGGGCAACGUGCUGCAGGCAGGUCAAGGGCAAGCGCCAACGCGACAGGCUCUUCUUGGUGCCGGUCUGCCUCUCUCCACUCCAGCAACGACAGUUAACAAAGUCUGCGCCUCGGGCAUGAAGUCCGUCAUGAUGGCUGCACAGAGUCUGAUGUGUGGCCACCAGGAUGUGAUGGUAGCAGGUGGCAUGGAGAGCAUGUCUCAGGUUCCUUAUGUGAUGGCGAGAGAGGCACCUCCCUAUGGCGGGGUGAAGAUGGAGGAUCUCAUAGUGAAGGACGGCCUUACGGAUGCCUACAACAAAUUCCACAUGGGAAACUGUGCAGAAAACACAGCCAAGAAAAGCAGCAUUUCCCGAGAGGAGCAGGAUGCCUACGCCAUUAACUCAUACACGCGCAGCAAAGCAGCAUGGGAGUCAGGACUCCUGGCCAGAGAGGUGGUUCCAGUCAGCAUCCCUCAGAGAGGAAAGCCAGAUGUCGUCGUUAAGGAGGAUGAAGAGUGGAGGAAGGUGGAUUUCAGUAAAGUGCCCAAACUGAAGGCUGUGUUCCAGAAAGAGAACGGCACGGUGACGGCAGCUAACGCGAGCACUCUGAAUGACGGCGCGGCUGCGAUCGUCCUCAUGACAGCAGAUGCAGCAAAGAGACUCAACGUCACCCCACUGGCGCGGAUCGUAGCAUUUGCUGAUGCCGCUGUGGCUCCAGUCGACUUCCCAAUCGCUCCAGCUUUCGCCGUGCCCAAGGUUCUCAGUGCAGCUGGUGUGAAGAAAGAGGAUGUGGCCAUGUGGGAAAUAAACGAGGCCUUCAGCGUGGUUGUUCUGGCCAACAUUAAAAUGCUGGACAUUGACCCAAGUAAAGUGAAUGUAAACGGCGGAGCGGUUUCUCUUGGUCACCCCAUCGGAAUGUCUGGGACGAGGAUUGUCGGCCACAUGGUGCACCAUCUGCAGCCUGGGCAGUACGGCCUGGCGGGCAUCUGCAACGGCGGGGGUGGGGCCUCGUCUAUUCUCAUCCAGAAACUGUAACCUGUUUAAUCUCGUAUUCAACGUCUCUGAGGUCAAAUUACCGGACAGUACGACUCGGACCGUGGGCCACGGUUACAAUCACUCCAGAAUAGGUCACUCCCUCUGUCUGCGUCACAGAGCUAUUUAACUUGUCUGCUUUUUUUUUUUUUGGUUGUUUUAACAUCUUGAAUGUUCAUCAAGUAGCAUAUUUGUGUUUUGCAGUAUUUAAAGUUUCUCCUGAUUCUCUUCCAAUGUCGAGAUCAUUUUAAAAAGGCUGAAGCUGCAAUAAAAGAGGUCACGAUUGUA